CGGCCAUGCGGCAGUUUAACUUUCGAUUUGUGCUCAGUUUUGCGCACGGCUGUUGUUCGUAUUUACUGCUUUAAGCGUCCACAUACCAUGGAUACAGUUAAGGAGUUUCUUGCUCGUGAAGGUUUCAACCAUUUCAGCUUCGUUGUGGUGAUUGGUUCGGUGGUUUUUGGAAUCAAUCUGCUUGGAGUCUUCGCUGAUAUUGAGGACAAAGAACAAAGGUAUUUUAGCUGCAAAACAAAAGGUCAAGAAGACAAAGAUUUUCUUCAAAGAACGUGCUUCGCUGACUAUCAAGCCAAAAACACAAGAGGUUUUCCACUUUAUGGUUUCGUGCUUUUAAACGUCUUGUUGGUCAUAAUGGUGUGCUUCUUCUACUAUCAGUCUGUUCGAUCAAAAUUGGAAGACCUCGAACGCGAAGACCCGGAAAUGCAAACAAACCAAUCUACUCUUCUAUAUCGUAGGUAUUGCAUUCAACUCGCUGUUAGACUUACUCUAGGCAUGGUAUUUCGUAUUCUGCAAUGGAUAGUCUUAUAUCCUCUCAACUUUCCUUCCAAGUACGCCUGUGAAUUGUCGAGCGAUCGUGAAGCAAAACAUACGAAUAUUACAAGCAGCGAUGCAGCAAAUGUCACACGGUCUUGGUAUCAUUGUAUUAAUGAACAAGCAGAAAAGAAAACGAACUGUACCAUUGCAUUUUUUGCAGUCAAUGUUAUAUUUAAUGUUUUUAUCCUUCUGGAGUUGAUAUAUGUCAUCAUCAAAGCUAAAAUCAAUGUGUAUUUUAGGGAAGAUUUAGAGUUUUUCAAUACUUAUCUGCUAAACAAACCUAAGGUCACUAAAAAAUACGUAGCGGGAAUGAAGGAAAAAAUUAAGAACAACACGAAGUUUUAUGAACCACUUCUUCCAAACAUUCCUGGUGAAGACAGAAAAUUGCUAGAACUUGACAAAAUUUACACCAAUCUAAUCAUUUACCCUGGAAGAGUAAAACACGAAUUCAAAGGGAAGAGACACGAGAUAUUCGAAGGAUACUUAAGGUCACAAGAAUCCCACCAGUCCAUAAACAAGAUUGAAAACAUUUUUGCACCAGAACCAGGAAACCCACGAAAAAGACCUCUCUCUAUCAUGAUCAUUGGUCGACCGGGUGUUGGCAAGAGCUUGUUAUGUCUGCGGAUCCUUCGUGACUGGGCCUGUGGUAAAACCUUCAACGAGGAAGCAGGAGAAGGGAAAUGUUUUGAAUUUGUUUAUCUUUUCAAAUUUAGACAUUUCAACAGUGAUGAGAAAAUAAAUCUUCAGCAACUGCUAAAAAGAGGUCAUUUCGCGGGAGCGGUUGCUAAUGAGGUCUACCAGAGGAUACUAAGCCACCCAGAAAAAGUGUUGCUUAUUUUYGAUGGUCUUGAUGAAUUUGGAAAGAAAGAAAACAUUGUUAAAGAAGAAGAAUUUGGGAACAAUCUUGCAGAGACACUUCCAUUCUCUGCAUUGUAUUCCAAGUUAACACUAGGAAAACUCUUUAAAGGAGCUACAGUUGUAACUACCUCAAGACCAACUGCUCUUUCUUAUGUAUCAUUUCCAAAUAAAACGUUUGACCGAACUUUGGAAAUUCUGGGAUUCAAUUCAGAGCAAAUAGCAACAUAUGUGGAAAGGUUCUGUGAAGACUUUAGAAAACAGAAAAUAUGGAAUCACAUCAGAAGCAAUGCAAAUCUUUUGUCUUUGUGCUACAUUCCUGUAAAUUGCCACAUUGUGUGCUUUUCGUUACAAGAACGACUAAAACGGGAUGAAGACAACGAUGUUGAUUAUUUGCCAACUACACUCACCGAAAUUUACGAAGAUGCAUUAGUGCUUAUUGUCUGCAAACACAACCCACAAUAUCGCCGCAGUCCUCCUGAACAAGAAAAGCUGUUGUCCUCACGUUACUUCGAUCCUGAAGUAGAAAAGUCUUUGAAUAGUCUAGGGGAAAUAGCUUAUAAAGGAAUUAAAGAGGAUAGGCUGAUUUUCGAAUCAAGUGAAGUCAAGAAACAUGAAGAAAGUGGUCUGCUUCAUCGGUUGCCCAACCAACAGGUUGAUGUUAUCCGACACAAAGAACAGUACUGCUUCCUUCACUUAACGAUUCAAGAGCUUCUGGCUGCAAGAUACAUCAUAAAGGGAAAAAGUUUGAAGGAACUAAAAAGCUGGAUUUCUAAGCAUCUGCGUGAAGGCAAGUGGGAAGUAGUGAUGCAGUUUGUUGCUGGGUUGCUUCAUCAUGAAGAAUAUGUUAACUCUAUAGUUGGGACUUUUAUUACCAGUUUACCUCCGCAAAUGUCUGGUGAAGCAAGCUGGCCACAUUUUUCAAACAAGGAACUAGUGAUCAGACUUUUUAAGUGCAUAUUUGAGAUUUCGAGAAAUUCAAAAAAUCAAUGGAAAAGUUUGGUUGCAGAAAACUUGAGUGGUGUAGUAAAUUUAGACCUGAGUUUGGUGUCUUUAACUGAUGGAGAUAUGACAGCGAUAGCGUUCGUUUUACAAGAGAUAAAGAGCAUUGUAAGUGUAGAUGUAAGUAGGAACCACAUUACAUCUAUUGGGUGGCAGGAGAUGUAUAAGCUACGGAAGAUGUCAGGGUGCAAACUAACCACGUUGAACAUCAGUGACAACCAAAUAGGUGUUGGUGGAUUAAAGCACUUGCCUGUUGCACUUGCUACAAAUGAGUGCAAACUAACCACGUUGAAUAUCAGGAACAACCAAAUAGGUGUUGAUGGAUUAAAGCACUUGUCUGAUGCACUUGCUACGAAUGAGUGCAAACUAACCACAUUGGACAUCAGGCACAACCAAAUAGGUGUUGAUGGAUUAAAGCACUUGUCUGAUGCACUCGCUACAAAUGAGUGCAAACUAACCACAUUGGACAUCAGUGACAACCAAAUAGGUGUUGAUGGAUUAAAGCACUUGUCUGAUGCACUCGCUACAAAUGAGUGCAAACUAACCACAUUGGACAUCAGUGACAACCAAAUAGGUGUUGAUGGAUUAAAGCACUUGUCUGUUGCACUCGCUACAAAUGAGUGCAAACUAACCAGGUUGAACAUCAGUUACAACCAAAUAGGUGUUGAUGGAUUAAAGCACUUGUCUGAUUUACUUGCUACAAAUGAGUGCAAACUAACCACAUUGGGCAUCAGUGGCAACCGAAUAGGUGAUGAUGGAUUAAAGCACUUGUCUGUUGCACUUGCUACAAAUGAGUGCAAACUAACCACAUUGGACAUCAGGCACAACCAAAUAGGUGUUGAUGGAUUAAAUCACUUGUCUGAUGCACUCGCUACAAAUAAGUGCAAACUAACCACAUUGGACAUCAGAAGCAACAGAAUAGAUGAUAAUGGAUUAAAGCACUUGUCUGUUGCACUUGCUACAAAUGAGUGCAAACUAACCACAUUGGACAUCAGUUGCAGCCAAAUAAGUGUUGAUGGAUUAAAGCACUUGUCUGAUGCACUCGCUACAAAUGAGUGCAAACUAACCACAUUGGACAUCAGAGACAGCAGCAUAGGUGAUAAUGGAUUAAAGCACUUGUCUGUUGCACUUGCUACAAAUGAGUGCAAACUAACCACAUUGGACAUCAGUGGCAACCAAAUAAGUGUUGAUGGAUUAAAGCACUUGUCUGAAGCCCUCGCUACAAAUAAGUGCAAACUAACCACAUUGGACAUCAGUCACAACCCAAUAUUUGAUGAUGAAUUUAAACACUUAAGGCACUUCUUUGAUGCACCCGCUACAAAUAAUUGGAAACUGAAAUUGCUUACAUGAAGCCACCAUGCUACAAUAGAGAUCUAUAUCAUAAUAGACAGCAGAAGUCUAGAAUAAAUUUAUUUAUGAUAAAACUAAAUCAAAAACUGUGACUGUGAAUGAAAUCCCAUUUCCACCCCCUCCCCCCCAAAAAGUUUAGUUGAAAGUAACAGCUACGUACUUAAUAAACUGUUUUUCAAUUAAAAUCCCAAAAUUCCUUGGGUUUGGAAAACCGAUCGUUUUGGAGAACAUAUUGUGCAAGUUAAUGACAUCACCUAUAUAUAUUCUAGUGUCAUAUUCAUAAACACAGGCUCUUUCCCUAAUCAAAAUGAGAGUUGUAUUAAAUUAGUUAUAAUGACA